AUGGAUAUCACACAAGAGCUGAAACAGGCGGACAAGAGUAGAAAGAAGGGUCCAUCUCCAAAGCUUAGGGGACACCCUCGCGAUGAUCCACGGACACGUGUAUCCAAGAGCCUGAGCUGGCUACUACGACAUGGGGCAAAAAAUGCAGGAUUAGACAUGAGAGAUGACGGGUAUGCCAAAGUCUCGGAUGUGCUCUCGAAUCCUAUGUUCAGAGAUGUCAAUUUCUCUCAGCUGCAAGAGAUUGUUGACAAAGACCAAAAGCAACGAUUUCACCUUCUAGCAGAGCCUCGGUCAUCUGACUCCCCGUCUGACAUAUGGUGGAUUAGAGCAAAUCAGGGGCAUUCCUUGCAGACCGUCACGCUAGACAUGCAGCCUAUUACGUCUGCAUUAGAUGUGCCAAUGGCUGUCCAUGGCACGACACUUAGUGCCUGGGAGCUCAUAGGUAAAUUUACGUCUAUGAGAUGGUUCGUCCUUCUAACACAUCUGUCAGCUACGCAAGGCCUAUCCAAAGUGAAGCGAAAUCACAUUCACCUUGCCCAAGGUAUUCCGGGAGAUAAUGUCAUGAGCGGGAUGCGCAACUCCUCGCAAAUCUUGAUUUUUGUUGAUUUGCAGAAAGCCCUUGAUGCUGGUGUUCUGUUCUACUUGUCCGCCAAUGGCGUCGUCCUGACAGAGGGAAACGAAGGGUUCCUGUCACCAACGUAUUUCCAGCGGGUGGAGUUUGCCAAGGGGCGCUUGCCGGUACCAGGAUGGGAAGGUGCAGGACCAGUUGUACCGCGGGCAUCACUAACUCAGUCCUCAAUACCCGUCCAAGAUCUUCUAGUUGCACAGUCAGAUCCAAGUACAAGCGAAUCUAUAUAG